AUGGUGGAGCACAGCGGUCUGGACAUCAUGAACAAACACAGUCCCAGUUCUUCCUCAGGCUCGUCCGCGGACUCCGAAAAGAAACUUUUGUCCAAGUUGAAGGUGAGUUUGACCAAGAAGUUCCCGCAGAAGAACGCCGAGACGCUGAGCGCGCAGUACGGGACCAACCUGCUGCUGAUCGGCGUGUCCGUGAUGCUCGCGCUGGCCCAGCACGGUCCGGUGGUGCGGGAGGAACACCUGCUGACCUUCAUCACGGUGCUGAUGCUCGUGCAGCUCGUGUGGAUGCUCUGCUACAUGAUCCGGCGGGAGCGCGAGCGCAGUCCGUUACCGGAGAGAGACGCGCACGCGGGGACCAGCUGGAUACGAGGCGGGUUGACGAUGUUGGCGUUACUGUCGCUCAUCAUGGACGCGUUUCGCAUUGGAUAUUUUGUAGGAUAUCACUCCUGCAUCUCUGCUGUGCUCGGAGUUUAUCCUAUCAUCCACGCGCUGCACACCAUCUCUCAGGUGCAUUUCCUGUGGUGCCACAUCAAAGAUGUUAUCAAGAAAUAUGAAACAUUUGAAAGGUUUGGUGUGAUUCACGCCGUCUUCACGAAUCUGCUGCUGUGGUGUAACGGUGUGAUGUCAGAGGCCGAACAUUUCCUCAACAACCACCGGAGACGCUUAACUGCACUGGGCUACGUUAAUCUCACCACAGUGGAAGCGGAACCUCAGUGUAACUGCAGCACGAGCGUUUGCUCCAUGUUCUCCACAAGUCUCUACUAUCUGUACCCCUUCAACAUCGAGUAUCACAUCUUUGUGUCAGCCAUGCUGUUUGUCAUGUGGAAGAACAUCGGACGCACUCUCGACCACCACACCAACCACAAACGGCCCACCACACGGAGCUCGGGUCUGCUGCUCGGCCCUGUUCUAGGUCUGCUGGCGCUCGCCAGCUCCAUCACGGUUCUGGUGGUGUACCUCAUCCACGUGGAGAAGUCGGUGGAGAUGCGCCAGGCGGCCAUCUCCAUGUUCUACUGCUACGGCGUGGUGAUGCUGGCGUGCAUGUGUGGAGCCAGUGGCGCCGGUCUGCUCAUUUACCGGGUGGAGGACUGGCCCAUGGACACGGGUCAGAACCCGUCCCGCAAGCUGGACUCCGAACUGCUGCUGGGCUCCUCGCUGGGCUCGUGGCUGAUGUCGUGGUGCAGCGUGGUGGCGGUGGCGGCAGGACAGAGCUCUCAGAGUUACCGCUGGACGUGUCUGGCGUACUCGCUGCUGCUGGUGCUGGAGAAGUGCGUUCAGAACCUCUUCAUCGUGGAGUCGCUGUACCGCAGGCGCAGAGAUCCAUCUGGGAAUGAAGACCAAAGUCCUGCCACGGUGCCCGAGAUCUUCUCUGUGGCGGCAUCGAUGGUUCCGCCGUAUGACGGCAUCAUAAACCGCACAUACGAGACGCAGGACAAACGCUCUCUGGAGGGGGAGCUGCCCGAGAACAGACAGGUGUACAGCAGGAAGCACUCGGAGGUUUCACUUCCUGUGGGACACAGACUCCAUGUGACGCCUGGCAAGAAGAGGCAGAUCCUGAAGAACAUCACCAGCUUCCUCUUCAUGUGCAACAUCUCCCUGUGGAUUCUUCCCGCCUUCGGCUGUCGGCCGCAGUAUGAGAAUGAUUUAGAACAGGAGAUAUUCGGCUUCGGCGUUUGGACGACGGUGUUGAACGUCGCGAUACCCAUGAACCUCUUCUACAGAAUGCACUCGGUGGCGUCUCUCUUUGAGGUCUUCAGGAAGGUUUGA